AUGGACCUGCCUGAGUCUUUCCCCUCGUUGUCGGGCCACUUCAUCUUUUUUUUCAUCGUCGGAGUCCACCUUGAGGCAGACCAUCGGCCGCGUCUCAAGUGA